AUGGGCGAGGGCGAGCCGGGGGGCCUCGAGGCCCGCAUGACGUCCAUGUCACUAGGUUCGCAUGAGCCCAAGACCCAAUCUCGAGGACAUGGAGCCACAGCACUCAUGAACACAACGUGGCUGGCAUCGCAGCAGCGCAAGGCAGCACCGCCGCCGUUUCAACCACGUCCCCUCAAAACGGUCGCGAAAGUGGAGUCUCAUGCGCCCGCGCAGCCGCGCGCCCCCCUCGUAUCGAGGCAUGCAGCAGGCAACGUGAGCGCGAACUCGCAGGCGCCGUCGCACAGCUCGAUCGCGCAGGGGCGCCCGACGGGUUCGAGCAGCACGGCAUCCAAGGGCACGUCCGCUGCGCCGAGUGAAGUCAAAUUGGAUUUGGGUCGCUACGAUGGUGGUCUCGAGCGUGAUGAGCACAAGGGACGGCGCGAGCCAAGCAAUUCGGACGACCCUGACUUGCUUGCGAUGGACUCAUCCAUGGACGGGCUGCAGCAUCAGCCGACGCGGCCCUGGAGCCUGUCGCAGUUUGAAAUCGGGCGCCCGCUCGGCAAGGGCAAAUUUGGGCGCGUGUAUCUUGCGCGGACGAAGGCCGUCCCGUCGGCGCGGCCGGGCCACCAGGGCUAUGUGGUAGCGCUCAAGUGUGUAUACAAGAAAGAGCUCGUGGAGAACAAGGUGGACCUGCAGCUCCGGCGCGAGAUUGAGAUCCAGAUGAACCUGCGGCAUCCGAAUGUGCUUCGCAUGUUUGGCUACUUCCAUGAUCCUGGCCGCAUAUUCAUGAUGCUCGAGUUUGCGGGUCGCGGCGAACUGUUCAAGAUCCUAUCCAAGCUGCCAGAGCGGCGCUUUGACGAGGCAACAGCGGCCAAAUACAUUGCGCAGAUCGCAGAUGCGCUCCAAUACCUACACUCCAAGCAUAUUAUUCACCGCGACAUCAAGCCGGAGAAUCUACUCGUCGGUAUCCGCGGGGAAGUCAAAAUUGCAGACUUUGGGUGGAGUGUGCAUGCGCCCAGCAACCGGCGUGCGACGCUAUGCGGCACGCUGGACUACUUGCCGCCAGAGAUGGUUGAGGGCAAGUCACAUGGCGGCGCUGUGGAUCUCUGGGCGAUGGGUGUUCUCACGUACGAGUUUCUGGAGGGCGUACCUCCAUUUGAGGAGCUCAGUGGCGCGAGCAUGACGUACAAGCGGAUCGCAUCGGUGGAUCUGCAUAUUCCGACGCACUUUAGCGAGGAGGCCAAGGACCUCGUUCGCUCGCUGUUGCGGUACCAGCCGGCGGACCGCCUCCCGUUGUCCAAGGUGCUGCGACACCCGUGGAUCAUGCGGUACGACCCCCAGGCGUUUGUACGGGCAAGUCGCUACGUGCGCGCAGACUCAGCGUAG